AUGGCUGACUGUACUCCUCGGACUGCGUCAGUGCUUGUUAUCUUAACUUUGAUAAACUCGGCAAACAGUCAGUGGAAUUUUACAGUAAUCGAUAGCGGUCUGUUGUACAGGUUUCACAACUGCACGUGUUCAGAACAUACACUCUGCUCUGACAACAGUACACAAACGUCUACGACAGGACGACCGUCUCAUACAGCUGCAGCCCAAGUACUCACCAACAGUACACAUCCAUCUACAAUAGUGCCGCCAUCAAAUUCAAGUUCCCCACAAGUACCGACAAACAGUACGCGAAUGACUGCAACAGCCCCACCAUUAAAUACAGCUGCAGGACAGGGAAUUAUUACAAGCUUUCAGAUUCACAACUGCUCGUGUGUAAAUGAAACUCAGACAUGUACAGGUGGUACAAACACGUCAUCAACAAACAGAUCUGAUGUGUGGGCACAACAUAUUCACAACUCCACGCUCCACACAUGCCAUAUUCAGCAAUAUGAACCCCACUGCUCCAAUGGCAGCGACAUACAUGAAUGGAUGGAGAAAGUGAAAGAAACAAUAUUCGUGGGAAUAUUAGCAAAUUUAAUUAAAUUCAUCAGCUGUUCUACGACUAUGACUGAUCUGAAUUUGGAAUCAGUGUGUGACACCACGACAGCGCACAGAAGAGCUACAACCGCAAGACCGGCACCCUUCACUGCAGCCGCGACAACAACUCCACCCACGACGCCAGCGACCAACACAACCGCAAUGAUCAUCACGGUCAGCAUCGUUGGCGCCAAUAUUUUGCUAGCAUUUAGCGUUUGCACGUUCAUCUUGUGCAAGAGAAGACAGAUCAAUGUGAACUAUGAGCGAGAGAAAAGACAAAUACAAGCCGUCUCUGAGGCAACAAGACAUGGCAGAAUUCACUCUAACAACUUACAUGAAGAAGACCGUCACGCUACAAGU